AUGGCGCUGCCACCCUCAAUGAUAGAUCUCGCCAUUGUCACCGUCCGAGAGAGGUCCCAUGGCCUUUUCAUAUGGGCUUCAUUGUUCAUUUCUGGCCUUCAAAUCGAAUCGAACGAAAAGGGCGAUCUUCAGUCAUAUGUGGCGGAGGCAGAAGAAGGACUGGGCUCGCUGUACGCCCAUGCAAUGUUGCAACUGCAUCAAACAUCACCAGAGCUAUUCGAGCUCCGCAAACUGGUGCUUACUUUUUGCGCAACCGCUGAUGUGCCUCUUGAUCUAUCUGAAAUAGAUGACGCUAUCAAAAUUGGCUUGGACCAUCGUAUAGAUAGUUUCGAGAUAAUCCGCAAGGCAUGCGGUCCGUUUGUGGAGGUGAUUGACGGAAGAGUAUCGCUUUCUCAUCUUUCUGUUCGAGAUUAUGUCUUGACAACAGAUUCGAAACGGAGAAACCUGUUCUUGCCAGCUUCUCUAAAAAGUGCACACGCAAGGAUGGCUAGCAUUUGCCUGCAAUAUCUUUGCCAUGAUGAUCACCAGCAACCAUUUUCAUGUGUCCCAUGGUACGAUUACCAAGACAACGGGCAAUUUCCCCUUCUCAGCUACGCUUGUCUGAACUGGGAGAGACAUAUGAGGCAAGCCGGCUUGUUAGAUCCCAUAAUCUUGGAGAUCUUAAGGAAAUUCAUUGCCUCCAAUGCCGGAAUUCGCUGGGCAACUUGCUAUUACCCGCACUUCCAACGGCAGCUUGGGGAGAGUCAUCCUUCGGCGUUCGCAGAACUUCGAAGCAUCUUCUUGCGUAUCAAAAGCUGCGUGCUACAGAGUGCUCCCACUGAUGCGCUCCUUCCAAGUCCGAAAGCAGAGAUAUGUAAGACUUUAGAUACAUUUCUCGUUCAAGCGUUCGAAACAGUACUGGCGGUUGAAAGAAGCCUUGCUGGCACGAAAUCCCGGAGUACUAUUAAAAGGCUUCUUGAACUUUCCAGGGUACUACAGACCUGUGGGAGUCCCAAACAGGCGCAGCUAACUGCCAGUGAAGCAUCGAGUAUCGCAACAGCCCGCUUCGGCAUAAUGGACCCACUGUCACUGAUCUGCACGCAUCACACUUUCCUCUUGCAGCUCAACAAUCUGCCCACAGAAAUGGGAAAUAUAUCAAAGAAAAGUAUCAUCCAGGGCUUGCGCGAUCUAGGGUUCUCAAUGACCGAGGUAUUGGGACGGUAUCACCAGGACACGCUACGGUGCUAUCAUGAUAUAGGCCUGGCCUUGUUCCGCGACAAGCAAUUUAAUGAAAGUUACUUUGUGCUAAAGAAAGUAUACGAAGACAUGAAAAAGCAUAUCGGCCCAUCCAGACUCACACAGCGGACGGCUAACAAUCUGGCAAAUGCAUUAUAUACCCUGCGUCGACUCGAUGAGGCGGAGGCCGUCCUCUUGACGGUUGAGGAUGUGCAACAGCUUUCCGUGAAUACGAUCUCUGUCGAGUUAGACUCGUAUCAUAUCUACAGCUUUGAAUCAUUGGCACUGCUUGCCAAUGUUUAUCUGCAGCAACUCCAACCAAGCAAGGCUGUACCACUCCACGAGAAGGCUAUUGCUGGUCGAGCACUCCUGGUCGGACAUGACGCAGAACUCUUUGUCUGGGUACGAAAUCUCGGGUGCACUCUAAUGUACCAAGGAGAAUUUGGAAAAUGCUCUUCGCUCUAUGUACUUUGGAUCUCUAAUGGUCGGAAAAGCAUUCAGUUAAGGAAAAGCGUGGCGAUGCUGCGUGAGAACUUGACUGAAUGCCUUGAGAAUUGGAGGGUUGCCUCCCAGAAGGGUUCAUGUGAGGCUCCCGUCCAUGAUGAAAAGAUCGCAGAUACGCUCAACUCAUCUCUUGACAAACAUCCUGUACUUUUGUCUGUGAGUUCAUCAUCUCCAUCAUCAUCUUCCUUGAACGAUGGUCUUCGCAGCGUGACUCUCUGCUUCUUUCUUGUUCUGGCCUUAUACAUUUGCACUCGUUACUGGUAUUUCAACAUUUACUAG